UAUAUCAUGCUAUUCUCUGGUUGGCUGGUAAAUAUAAUUAAACAGUUAACUUGACAGGGGAAAUGUCAAAAGGACUAUAUCCUUCCUGGGAGGCACGCACAGUAACCUACCACAAUCCAAUCAUUGAUGAAGAUGGGUAGAAGUCUAGCCUCAUCGUAUUAUGACUUCAGUGAAAAACUGAACUUUUAUUGGACGAGUUUAAUUCUGCUACUGUUUGUUUCUCUGGUUGCUGUGCUUAAAUAUGUAUUUUUGGAGUCGUUAAUCAGCUGCUGGACGCCUGCUCAGUUCACUGACCAACUGGGAAAAUACACACACGAGGUAUGCUGGGAACAAGGCAAGGUCUACCUUCCCUUGCAGUAUGUCAUCCCAGUCUCAAAUCACGGCGGUGAAAGGUCAACAGAAACAUUCCAUACAUGGAUUCCAGUGGUUCUAAUAUUUAUGAUGUUGGGAUUCCAGAUACCACGUGCUGUCAAGUUGGUGUUUGAUUUAUUUCUACGAAAUCCGACCACCACAAUUAGCGAUAAGGACAACCAUGCGAAUAAUACAGAAAAUGCUGAACAACUCGCUGAUAUCAUCAGAGAAUCUCAGAAUCAAAGCUCAUUCAUUAGAACUCUAUCCUUCAUUAUUGUCAAACUUUUAGUCUGCCUUAAUCUUCUUAUCCAGUUUAUUUUUGUCUCACGUUAUUUCAGAGAUUCCGUUAGAAAGGAAACCAUUGAAACAUACAAUGAGAGGAUGAACAAAACCAUCACGGUUCCGGUUUACAUCUUUCCUAAAACCAUUCUCUGCGAUUUUUCAGUCAGACAGUUUCAGGUCGUUCAACGUCAUACCAUCCAAUGCAAUAUGCCCAUCAACUAUUUAUACGAACAGUUUAUUCAUAUUUUCUGGUUUUGGCUUUUGGGCGUCGGCAUAUUCACUGGCCUCGUUUUGGUCGUUCAGUUGGCCUCGCUUAUUGUACCGCCGAUAGUCAGACUGCGAUUCCGAGGAAUUAUUCCUGUAAAAGAAUUAAACCAAAGGAAUUUUUCUGUCGAUGAUUCGCUGUUGAUGUUGUUGGACAUUCAGAAUAGAUCUGGCUUGGCAAUGACACGAAAAGUGGCCGCCAUUUUAUCCCAAUCACCACAGUCGAGCGCGAACCAGGGGCCAAAGGGGUAUAACUCUCAAUCGGGCUUCCACGUGGGAGAAGAUGCAUUGACCAGUAUGCCCAUGACGAAUAUUGGAAUGAACGCUGAGGCUGAUACAAGCACCUCCCCAUUGAUGGACGUUAGUAGAUCGGAAAAAUCUGGUCUUCCGUAGUCACGAUUACUAUUAAACAAUUAGAUAUUUCGUUAAGAUCAUUAUUUGCACAGUGAAGACAAUAGCCUGUUUCUAGGUACAGACCCCAAUCCUUUUUACAGCCUUACAUCAGCAUGAAAGCAAACGGUAUUUUUGUGGGCGAUGUUCUGUCGGGCAAAACAAUCAGCUCCUUCGAUACUGAUCUCUGGCCGCGUAUCUCCUUGGAAUUUACCUAAGUAAUGACUCCGGGGAUAUCUUUUUAAACCAGGGGCAUACAGGCGAUGACCAAAGGCAAUUUGUACACAAUUGUUACUUGCUCCAAUAUUGCUAGCAAUAUCAGCCGCUUGUUCGUUACUGCGACAUUAACAAAUAUCGAAUUUUGUCGGUCUGCAAUCAUUUAUCAACUGUAGUCUCUUGUGCAGUACUAGUUUUGUUUGAUCAAUCAGCGUAAGCACUAUCAUGUGAUCGUACAAAAUGGUGGCACUCAUUACUAAGAUUUUCAUCCAUGUGCGCCACUAUUUUGUCAAGUUAUAAGAAAAACGAGAGCAAUCCCUAAAUCGUCGCCUGUAAAUUGGAUGUACGAACACACAUACAGUCCUGAUUUCGACAACACCGGGGCAUCUUGCUUACACGGGCAAGCACAAUAUCGACCUUGUACAUUAGGCUGAAGCGAUAUAUUGGCGGAUAUGCCUCAAAUUUUGCACUUUAUUAUCAUACUGUAUGAGAAUAUUUAAAGUUAUACAUGUUAUUAUCACACUAUACGACAAUAUUUAACGCUCUAUAUUUUAUUAUCAUACUAUAUGAGAAUCUUUAAAGUUAUACAUGUUAUUAUCAUACUAUAUGAGAAUAUUUAACGCUCUAUAUUUUAUUAUCAUACUAUAUGAGAAUAUUGGAAGCUCUACAUUUUAUUAUCAUACUACAUGUAUGUGAGAAUAUUUAACGCUCUAUAUUUUAUUAUCAUACUAUAUGAGAAUAUUUAACGCUUUAUAUUUUAUUAUCAUACUCUAUGAGAAUAUUUAACGUUCUAUUAUCAUACUUUAUGAGAAUAUUUAAGUCUCUAUGUUUUAUUAGCAUACUAUAUAUAUGUGAAUAUUUAAGUCUCUAUGUUUUAUUAUCAUACUUUAUGAGAAUAUUCAAAACCCUACAUUUUAUUAUCAUACUUUAUGAGAAUAUGCAAAACCCUAUAUUUUAUUAUCAUACUAUAUUAGAAUAUUUAAGUCUCUAUGUUUUAUUAUCAUACUACAUGGAAAUAUUUAACGCUGUAUUAUCAUACUUUAUAAGAAUAUUCAAAACCCUACAUUUUAUUAUUAUACUUUAUGAGAAUAUUUAAACCUCUGUAUUUUAUUAUCAUACUUUAUCAGAAUGCUUAACGCUCUAUAUUUUAUUAUCAUACUAUAUAACAAUAUUUAAUGCUGUAUUAUCAUACUAUAUAUAUGAGAAUAUCUAACGAUCUAUAUUUUAUUAUCAUACUAUAUGAGAAUAUUAAAGGCUUUAUAUUCUAAUUAAAGGCUUAUUAAAGGCUUUAUAUUUUAAUUAAAGGCUUAUUAAAGGCUUUAUAUCUUAAUAUCAUACUUUAAGAGAAAUAUUUAAUCACCGUACAAUAUUUGACGCUCUAUAUCUAAUUAUUAUAUUCAAUGAGAAUAUUUAAAGCUCUGUCUUUCAUUAUCAUACUUUAUGACAAUAUUUGAGGCUCUAUAUCUAAUUAGUAUACUCAACGAGAAUAUAUAAUGCUCUAUCUUUCAUGAUCAUACUUUAUGAGAAUUUGUAAAAUUGUACUAAAUAGAGUUGUCUAAGACUGAAUAUUUUAUGAUUUUUCUCGGAGUAUUUGAUAAUAUUUUCAUCUAUCACCAUCAGCAAUUUUAAUUUGGACUUUCAAUAUUUCAUAUAAAUGAAUUAUGAUAUUUUCUUGUUUUGGAACAAGUUUGUAAUGUAUCCAUAAUAAAACGAACCAAGACCC